AUGGUUCUCACGCACUCCACCAAUCACACCUACUCCCACCCUUUCCCGACCGUUACCCUCGCCUACUUCCUGCGAUACUCUUCGCCUCAGCUCAAUCCUUUCGCCGCCCAUGUCCUCAGCACCGACACCAUCUCCAGCCAUGUCGACCCGGAAACCCAACGCCUCUACACCACCCGCAUUCACCUGAAGAAGAGCCGCAUGCCCAGCGCAGUAUACAAAUUGCUGCCCGCAAGCGUUUCAGGUGGCAACUCUGGCGAGAAGGCUUCAUACAUUCUCGAAACCAGUGUUGUGGACAUCAAGGAAGGAUGGAUGAAGACGGAGAGCCGCAAUCUCAAUUUUACUGGUGUGCUUUCCGUUGUCGAAAAGCAACACUUCAAAGUCCCCGCCUCUCUUGAGGCUGUUGCCAGGAACGAGACCGACGUCAACUCCAGCGUCAUGUUCAAGUCAAGACUCGGAGAGAAGAUCAGGGGAAAGAUUGGUCAGGCUCAGGAGAGCAGUGGCUGGCUGCCUGGAUUCCUCGGCGGCCUCGGCGCAAAGGGCAUCCAGCGCAGCAUUGAAAGCCUCGCCUCCACCAAGACCAUCGACCAGCUCAGCAAGAGCCGUGACGGCAUGCGGCUAGUUCUCGAGCGCCUUCGCAACGGCGGAGUCAUCGGAGUCAUGGAGAAACUCCGCCAGGAGCGCCAGAGACAGGCUGUGGCCAUGUAA